UGGAGAGGAUGUUCUGGGCGGUCUUCACUCUUCCGGUACCGCCACUUCCCCGCAUACCGGUACUUCGGAUCUCUACCUGUAGCCCCGCAGAUGGUGCCGCGUCGCGAUAUAUAUGCACGACAUCCGCUUGAGGCAUAAAUAAAUAAAAUAACGGCCAUUCGAAUAUUCCCGGUGAAUUCCCGAGAUUCCUCAAUUAACAAACGUUAACCCAUCUCAACAUUUACCUUUGGAAGCCAGACUGAACUAUCCCUGACCAUGGCUGGAUUCACCUUGGAACACCCCAGCACCCGGGAGCUUACCGGAGGCGACCUCCUCGCUCAAUGUCUGAAGCAUAUGGGCGUCGAGGUGGCAUUUGGUCUCCAUGGCGGACAUCUUGAUGCCUUUCUCAUGGGAUGCGAGUCCAUCGGCAUCAAACUCAUUGACACACGACAUGAGACAGUGGCAGUGCAAGCAGCGGAAGGCUACUCCAAAAUCAGGGAUACCAUCGGCGUCUGCUUCGUCACUGCGAACAGUGGUUACUCGAACGGUCUCCCCGGCCUUGCAACCGCGUAUGCGGACCGCAGUCCCAUCCUCUGCAUCACCUCGUCUCCGCCGCUGCGUGAUGCCGAGAACAACAGCUUGCAGGGCCAAAUCGACCAGGUGGUCGUCGCACGUCCGCUCACGAAAUUUGCUCACCGGGUCACCCACGCAGAAGACGCGCCACGGCUUGUGUCACAUGCCAUCCGCACGGCGCUCGCCGGGGCUCCCGGUCCAGUGCUGCUGGAUUUCCCGAUCGACGUGUUGUUUAGCCCCGUCACGGAGCGGUUAAUCUCCUGGGGAUCGAUCACGUCGCCGUUGUCAUAUGCGCCGGGACCGCAUGCGAAGGCAGUGGAGGACACGCUAGCGUUAUUGAAGGCGGCGAAGCGGCCGGUGAUCAUUACUGGGACGGGAGGACGAUCGAAGGAGGCGGGAGAGGCACUGAUGAAGUUGGCGAAGACGUGCGGGAUUCCGUUGUUCCAUAGCCAGAAAUACCUGGCGACCGUGCCGGCGGACUUCGAGCUCCUCGGAACGCAUGCGGGACUUUUGGGCGUGUUACCUCUUCUAAAGAAGGAGCAGCCGGAUCUGGCGCUGCUGCUUGGGGUUAGGACGGGUAUGUUCCUGGGCGGGAAGAGUGGAGGGAUCAUUCCCAAUGAGGGAUGCAAGAUCGUUCAUGUGGAUGUCGAUAGCGGCGAGAUCGGACGAACUCUGCCUACUGAUUUAGGCGUCACCUCGGAUGUGACUCAGAUGGCGAAUGCGCUGAAUGCCAGCCUCGAAUCUGGUUUCCAAGGAUCAGUGGAUGCUAGUUGGGUCCAAGCUGCCCUCUCCGUAAAAUCGCUCCCUUCACCGUUCGACACUGCACCGGAGGAACAAAGUCCUGGCAGAAUUCACCCAUACCACGCCUUGAAGAAGGUCUAUUCAUCUAUCGAGCCUGGAUGCAUCAUCAUCAAUGACGGUGGUGAGUGCGGAGCUUGGUCCAACGGACUCGCUGCCACGUCCAAGCCGUUCGCGGUGAUGUCGGCAUGUGGGUAUCUCGGGUUCCUAGGGAACGGCUUCGGAUACUCGCUCGGCUGUGCCAUCGCCGCUCCCGAUCGCAAGAUCAUUAACAUUCAAGGAGACGGGAGCGCUGGAUUCCACUUCAUGGAGCUAGACACGUACAAGCGCUUCAACCUCAACAUCAUGACCAUCGUGGUCAACAACUUCUGCUGGGGCAUGAGCUCGAAUGGCCAGGAGCUCAUUUAUGGAACUAAGAAUCCCGCUCGUCCGGUCAGCGACUUGAGUCCCACCACUGAAUACGAGACGGUCGCAAAGGGACUCGGAAAUGCUGCCGCGAAGGUUGAUAAGAUUGCCGACGUCGAGAGCACCGUGAAGAAGCUGCAGGGAACCCCAGGACCGUCGUGCAUCAACUUGGUUGUGGAUCAGAAACCCAUCCAUCCCGUCACAGCGAUAAUGGUGAGUGUGACGGAUGAUCCGGACACGAUUGUUGUGCCGUACUAUGACAACCUGCCACGACCACGAUAUAAGAACUAGGGAAAGGUCAUCAUUUUAGCUUAGAGUCAUCGAAUUUCAAAAGCUCGCGUCUUCUGUUCCGAAGUCGUCUUCUCCCAAACGAUAUGAUCUGUGACCAAGGCAAUCAGGCUUGCUACUUGUAGUAACACAGUAAGUCUUCAAAACAUAUGACCACAAUACUGCCAACAAUCGUAAUUGUAUAGAGUAUCUCUGGUAUCGAUAUCGUAGUUUGAAUGCAUCAUAGGAUGUAUUCUGUACUGAAACAGAAACAGCGUGAAGUCGUCAAGUCGAUGAUGAAGUUUGGGUGUUGA